UUGGAAAUUCUCCCUACAAAGCACGAUGAGAAGACUCGAGUCUCGAGCCUCUGAGCUCUGAAGUGAAUUUAUCUUUUUCUGAAACAUUUAUAAAGACUUCUGAAAAUGGACGAGGAGCUUACAGACGGGUAUAAAGAACCGUGUGUGCAGUGUGGAGCUGUGGCAUGGGCUUUAUCAGACGGCUUACAGUUCUUCUGCAAGAACUGCCACAACGUGAUUGAGAGAACGCAAGAAAUUGUGGACGUAAGCACAUACCUCCUGAACAACAGGAUAUCCACAUUAUCACGCUCCUACAAGAAGACUGAAAGAGAAGGUGGACAGCAAUGGAUGGUAUGUGAAGGGUUUCAGAUCAUCCUUAAACGUCAGGCAGAAGCUCUGGUUGGUCUAGGUGUCUGUCCUCAGUUUAAGACAAACGUUUUAUGGGAUUUCUGGAAGCUAUACCUGCAGAAGACCAGGCAAGCUUACACAAGGGCACCAGUGAGCAGUACCAGGAAUCCGGUGGACCUAAGCUCUGAGAGUGAGCCUGAGUCUGCAUUUCUGAGUGAAGCGUCGGAUCUGAGCGGGCCUACCUCAGCCUCUGUGUACUCCAGUGAUGGGAAAUCCUCAGUGUGCUCAGGAUCGCUAGAUGCUGCAUACUACUUUGAUGGAAAGGAGAGGAGAAGCCGCCAUCUCAUGAGUAUGCCUCGGACACUGGCCCUGUGUCAUCUUGCCCUGCUGUGGCUGCGGGAGGCCAUUACACUGACAGACCUGCUCCGGUUAGUGUCCAAGAGGCUUGUCCCUUACGUUAAUGUCCAUGAGCAUUUCCCUGAAGAGAUUCGUUUUUUUGGCAGGGAUGCCGUGAUCUUUAGAGCUGAGACCAUCCCUUCCUACACUAAGGUGCACAUGGAGUCUCUGCACCUGGCUAAAAUUCUGCAGCUCUCUGCUUUCCCUCCAGUGUCUCAGAACUGCCUUCUGCACCCAGGCCUGCUCAGCCUUCGCUACCUGAUGGACGCUAACCUACCUUACAGGCUUCAUUCACUGGUAUGUCAAGUAAUAGAGAAAACAGCCAUGGACAAAGACUGCUUCUUGACAUUUGACCCUUCUGCUUCGAAGUCUAUACUUCAGUGCUAUGACCUUCAGGCAGCAGCUGUAAUCAUUGUGACAUUGAAGCUUCUCUUCAAGUUGGAUGAUCAGGUGGAGUGGAGCUUCUCCAGGAAAGCAAAGGAAAAAACACAAGAAAGUGACCAAGACAAGAAAGAGGAGUCCAAGCAAGGCAGCAAGAUGUUUUCUUUGAGAAGGUGGUAUAUGAUUGUGCAGCCUGCUCUGGAGCAGGCCAGGGAAAGAGAGGAGCUUGUUGAGGCCAAGCAACAAUGGAAGGCCAAGAAGCCAGUCAUUGCAUCUGUAAAACACAAGACUGUGGUCCUAAAACGAAGACGUGUGGUUGAGCAGCUGCAGAGCAAUUUCUGCACUCUGGCUGGCUCAGAUCCAGAGCAGCAGCCUUCUUCCCCAUUCACCUUCCACUUCCUCUGGGGAAAGGAGGAGGAUGCAGAUGGACCCAGCCUCCACAAUAAGGACCUCAGCGGCAUGCUGGUGAAAGAGGGAAGAGAAAAGCUGCUUGUUAAUAAAACAUAUUGGCACACUGACUUCAGGCACUGCCACAAACAAAACUGUUGGAACCAUUUUCCUGACCUGGAGCCCACCCUGCCCAGGAUGUACGUGUGGGUGCUGGGCCUUUUCUCAUUCCUCCUGGGAGUCAGCGAGGCAGAGCUGCACAAAGAGGUCGUAAAGGUGGAGCAACGACUAAUUUUAGGCAAAACUUUGUCUGAUAAACGCACACAGAAACCACAAAGAAAAAGGAAGAGGGCAGCAGACCCUGUCUGAUCUAAAAACUGUGGGUUUUGUUCAGGACAAGUGAUGAAUCACUGUGCCUUAUGAGGCUGAUGUUGCAAACUGAUUGGUUUACAACAGGACUGUCUCUUUUUUCUCUGUGUUUCAUAAUAAUCUUUAUCACUAAGACGGUUCUGAAUCCCCUGUUAUUGAAAUGAAUGUUUGAACAGUUGAGGAUUUGCGUGGUUUUUCAUAUUUAGAGACACUUUUUGAAUGCUGUCUUCUUAUACAUGUUGUGCAUCUUUGUUUCUACUUGUAGAAGUUUGGGCACAGAGAAAAGAUAGUGAAGAACCUGCCUUUCAUUGAACUACUAGGUAUACUCUAAGGCAUACUUAUAAAUAAAGGUUACCUAAAGUGUGCUUGGACUGCAAGUGCAGUUUAAGGAAAGCUUUUUGACUGAUCUAGAAUCUUUAUAUGAAAGUGUUUCACCUGCAUGUUUUCUCUUUGUGUUUUGAGGCUUCUUAAUGACUCUGAUUUAGUCUGUCUUGCUGCUGGCCAUCCUUAAUCUCUUUCACCUUCAGCUGCUCCCAGCAUAAUUUUAUUUUUUGAUUAAUUGGUUCUUAUGAUAUGUCCAAAAUAAGAUUUAGGACAUAAUUAAUUUUAGUUAUCUGGUCUUAUCUGGUGCCUGUCUCUUUGAGAAUCAACAUGAGGUUUCACUACUAAUUUUUCAAUUGUUUAAUGGUUUAGCUCCUUCAUACAGUGCCUGAGGGAUUAUUUUCCAGGUCAAGCUUGAAGAUUAUCUAAUGUGAGCCUUUGUAUAUUCUGAAACUCAAGACCAAAAUCUGGAGCACAUUACCAAUAACCAUCAUUCAGGCUCCUUCAGUUUGUGUAUUUAUUUAUUUUACUUUAGAGUGUAACUUUUUUUUCUUCGCAUUUUUGUUUUUUAUUUAAAAGUUUAUCUUGUUUUUUACUGUAAAUAUUGAUUUUGUUUAUUUUUUGUUUUAUUUUGAUUAUCUUUUUUCUGUUUUACUUUGUGUUGAGAAGUGCUUUAAGCUGCAUUUGCGUUUGAAAGGUAGUAUAUCAAUAAACAUUCUUAUUACUAUUA